AACUAGCUGGUCUCUUCCGCAGCCAAAUUUUUCAGCAUGAAAGCUGUUGCUAAACUCAUCUUUCUAGCGUGCUCGCUUAGCGUGGCGUUUUGUGCCUACGAUUUCUCCAGCUACCCGUUCAAAGUGACGCUGAACACUGCAGAAAACGGAGGUCUCUACGAACUCUACUGGAAAUUCGACAAUGCGAAGGAAACCAUUUCUUUCGCCGUUCGCGUCAAUGCCACGGGCUGGGUUGGCCUUGGACUCUCGCCCAACGGACAAAUGCCAAACUCUGACGUAGUCAUAGGAUGGGUCACUGAUGGUGGAGAGACCGUGUUCCACGACCGGUUUGCAGGGGGAAGAGAACCACCCACAAUAGACGAGCAACAAGACUGGAUGCUGAAAGGUGGAGAGGAAGAGAAUGGCUUCACUAUCCUUGAGUUCAGUCGGAAAUAUGUCACCUGUGAUGAAUAUGACCUCCCCAUCACUACUGAGACCGCAAGAGUCAUUUGGAGUUUCCAUGCCACCACUGACCCAGCCUCUGAAGUCCUUACCUUCGCUGACAGACACUCACAUAAGGGAGCUCUCAGUCUCAACCUACUGGGAGGUCUCCCUGAUGCAGCUCCUGAUCCCCAGGACCUGGACUACUAUGAUAUUACCGUUGAUGCUAUCAUCAUUCCAGAGAAUGAUACCACCUACUGGUGUGCUGCUUUCAGACUUCCCGAAAACAUCCGUGACCAGACAAGAUACAUUACCAAGUUUGGACCUGUUGUGACUGAGGGAAAUGAGGCUCAUGUUCACCACCUGUUGAUCUACCUGUGUGAGGGAGUCAACGACACACAUGUGGGGAAUGGAGGAGAGUGUGAAGAUGGUGUGCCCGAGGCAGUUUCCGCAUGUCGCUCUGGAAUACUCGUUGCAGCCUGGGCUGUGGGAGGGGAGGUGUUUGUGUAUCCUGACAAUGUGGCCUACCCAUUUGGCGGGGAGGGAUUCACCCAGUACGUCCUCAUGGAGCUGCACUACGACAACCCUGCAAUGAUAUCGGGUGCUGCAACCAUUACACACAACGUAUAAGAAUCAACUAGACAUUCCGUCUCCCUACUGUGUAAUACAAGGGGCACUAGUUUGUUAAAGUGAAUGUGACAGUGCACAGGGCUAAACAUUACAAUAGGGCACAGUGAAAGAAUUUCCUUUUUAGUUUUUAGUUUCUAAAUUUAGUCAAUACUUCCACAUUCCUUUCGAGCUACAUAGUCAUUAUGCAUAACUUUGUCGUAUACAGGUACUGUGGACAGCUCUGGCAUGAGGAUGUAUUAUACCUCCACUGCGAGGGAAUAUGAUGCUGGAAUAUUAACAUUUGGACACGAUAUUACUCCGGACCAAAUAAUUCCUCCCAAUGCAAAGAGCUUCACAACCACUGCCAUCUUGACUGGCGAAUGUACAGAAGCUAUACUUCCUGAAGAUGGUAUUCGCGUUUUUGGAAAUUUCCUUCACACCCAUGUAGUUGGUCAUGGACUGACUGUUCAGCACUUCCGUAAGAACCCAGAGUGUGAUGUGUACGAGGAACUGGAGCCGAUUGACAGGAACCUGCAGUAUGACUUUAACUACCAGCAAAUAACUCACUUGAAACGAGAAGUCGUCAUCAAGCCUGGAGACGUUGUUCAACUUAAAUGUUUUUAUGGGACGGAAGGUGUAGAUGGCGUCACUCUUGGAGGCCUCAGUACACGAAACGAGAUGUGUUUCACGUUCUUAGUCUACUACCCAGCAGUGGAUUUCCAAAUUGCAAUAUCGCGAAUUGAGAGUAGCGCACUGCGCGAUUACCUGAAAUCAUUGCCGUCAGGUGAUCAGAUAGUGAAUGGAACUGAGAUAGACUACAGCAAGCUAAACACUGUCGAUUGGGACGUGGAUAAGUUUCAAGAAACAGUUGAUGAAAGCAUGCAAGGUGCUUUCUGCAGGGGUGAAGGGAACGCAAUUUACAGAGUGACAAAGUUUCCAGAGAUUGGCUGUCCCUACAUAGCUCCUGACCAGUGCACCACUGAAGCUACUGAAGCUACUGAAGGUGGAGUGGUUCUGAGAGCCUCAGUGGCUCUCCUGCUCCUCCUCUCUCUACUGGCUGCCACACUCGGAUGAAAUCUUAACUUUUCUCGUGCACUUUAGCUACCUCUGCUCUUUCUCUGUCUUAAGUUUAAAAAAAGUGUCCAUUGUGUACGUAUAUAGUUUGCUGGUGACAAUAAAUUUUAUGUGUCUAGGGGGCUCAAGCAAGCAAGCUGAUGCUUUUACUGUACCAUGUAAUAAGUGUAGUGAGCUAUCUAUAGCCAACAUGAGAAACAAUCAAAAUGUAACACAUUACUCUGCCAGACC